AUGAUGGGAGGAAAAUCUAGUAAGGGCAAGAAAGGUGGUGAUGAUUAUGGUUCACCUACGACACCUGUACAGAUCAAGAUAAACUCAGCUUACAUAGAGCACUUGAGCUCCUACGAAAGAGCUUGCAGUGAAGACCCAAAGCUCGAGUCUUUCGACUCAGCGCUUCACGAACGAACUAACCGAGUCAUCAACAAGCUCGCAUCGGGCGUAGAGAUCAAGUCUCUGUCUUUCGAUUCGCUCAGAGAGGUGACGCAGUGCCUUUUGGAUAUGAACCAAGACGUGGUCAAAGUGAUACUGCAGGACAAAGAGGAUAUAUGGAACAAUCAAGACUUGUUCUCCCUUUACGAGAAAGUGGUUAGAGGUCAGAAGGAGAUGAUUACAUCGAUCAGAAUCGGGACUUACAUCUCGGUUAAAGAGAUGGAUAACAUAAGCGUUCUUGUGAGGAAAGUGGAAGUGGAGAUUGAGUCUCUGUUGAAGAACGCUGAGUUUGCUGUUACAGAGGAGGAGAAAGUGGUGAGGCUUGCGAUAGACGAGAUCAAGAAGAAGCUCGAUGUGUUUACCGAAACCAUUGAAGAACUCGGGAAGCAUGCGAAUAAGUAUUGUAGCGAUGUGACGAAGGCGAGAACCGUGAUUCUGCAGAGGAUCAUCCGAUAUCCGACUGGACGGAAAUGUUGUCUUGAGAAGGCGGUUUUCGGAUUCGAGAUUGGCUUUGAAGACUGUGUUGGUUUGUUUCCUUUAGCACAAGUUUUAUGAACAGCUAAGGAUAUUUCUUAAUGUUAUUAGUUGCACUGUGUUAAACUUUUCUUAAUUAAUUAUAACAUUAAUUAUGCGAUUGAUUUUGGCUUUUAUAAUAAUCGGUCUUGUAUUUAUGUAUGAAUGAAUGUCUCUGACUCUCUGUGCUUAAGGAUUCCUAAGCUGGAUCCUUAAAGGCUAAACUCAAAUAUUAACUAAAAAAUUAAGACGUGAAGAGUUAGUUGAUGAAGACUAAGGACAUUUCUGUGUUCUUCUUUUAACGAAAAUUCCG